AUGACCAGUUGCAAAACUGAUGAUAACGAUUUACAUAAGCAACAUAACGGCUUAAAAGGAAAACAUAUGCAAAUUGUUACAGGCCAAUUCGCUCCAGUAACUAUAUUAACAAGAAAUUCCUCUGGUCAUGUUGUUGACUAUUCCGGUCUGUUGUUUCACCAUCUCCGGUUCCUGUCUCAAAAAUUAAAAUUCACGUAUAACAUAUUCAUCGUAGCAGAGAACACCAAUGGAAUUAAGGUCAAUGGCACAUGGAAUGGAAUAAUUGGAACGUUGCUAAGACAAGAAGCUGAUAUUGGUUUAGCGCCAGUAGCAAUUUCUCUACAGCGAUAUGAAGCUCUCGAUUUUCGGGGAAGAAUUGGAGGAGACUGGACGGGCAUCCUGGUCAGAUAUCCUCCCCCUUUCGUUUCAUUUACCAGCACGCUCGACCUAUUUUCCAAAGACGUGUGGAUCGGAUUUUUAGUUUCUGCUGUCGUAGUUGCCGGAAUUUUCAUCGUUUUGACCUCCAUAGGAAAACGGUUGCACAACACGCUGGAUUCCGAGACGAGCAAUACCGCUUUUGCCUGGUACUUGUUCGGUACCUUCUUUUCUCAAGGAAAUCGUAUCCCAGCUAGCCAACGAUUUCAACAAGUCCUCGCCGCAACGUGGUGUCUAGCAGCUUUUGUCUUCGUCAACAGUUAUAAUUGCACGUUAACAUCUUACAUGUCGGUGACAUAUCAAAAACCAGAUAUCAACUCAUUAAAAGAGUUGGCUAUCUCUACAACUUACAAAGCAAACGUUCUAAUGGGCUCUAUUCAAGAGAUUGACUUAUUAAUGUCAACUAAUGAAUAUAUAAAAACGAUUGCAGCGAGAAUGAAACAAUGUCCUGAUUGCAGGAAAUUCAACUCAAGCGAUCAGGCUUUGCAAGUUAUAAAACACGACAAUUACGUUGCGAUUAUGGCAUAUAGCAGCGGUAGAAGUAACAUGCAGAAACAUUCCUCUGAGAGAGGCAAAUGCCUUUUAACCAUGGCCAAGGAGAAAACGACGUGGGCUAACAUGUUCCUUGCUGUCCCGAAAACAAGUCCUUACAAGGAGGAAAUUGAAAGAGAGUCUUUAUGGUUCCAUGCCGCUGGAUUACGUGAAUAUUGGUCUGUCCGUCAAGAAAAAUAUCCCAAACAAUGCGAACUCAUCUACAAUAACAAAGGGACGUCUAUCAAGAGAUCGAGCAAUCGAAUUAAAUUGGAACAGUUUUAUCUACCUUUCCUGUUACUCCUUGGUGGCUAUGUUCUGGGUCUCAUUCAAUUUUUCCGUGAACAUCUUACUCAUUGUAAACGUUAAUGAGAAAUGAUGCCACGAUAUUGCCGACGCAUGUUCUGUGUUGGACGAAGUCGUAUUCAAAUCCAGUUCACAAAUUUGCUUAACAAUCACCAACGUUCCUAGUUUAAAAACGGUAGUUAAACAGCGAACCACAAGCUUUUAUCCCUAUAAAACAUUUAUUCAAACGCAAUUUAUUAGCACUUUACGAACCAAAAAAUAACUACGUUGCACAACAGUGCGGAAAUCAGAAAACAAUAGGAAGUACAGUAUAAAUGAUUGUUGCCACAUUCGAAGUAACACUUAUGAAAUUAUUCCCAUUUUUCUAUUUUAUCCCUGAUGUGCACAACCACCGUCAAAUUUGAGCAAACC